AUGCAACACCUGUACUCAGUCUUGCAGACGGGUGGAGUGGGUCUUCUUGAAAGCCCAACAGGCACAGGGAAGACGCUGAGCCUGAUCUGCAGCACCCUGCAAUGGCUGGAAGACAGGAACAAAGCUGACGCUCAGGAGGCGCUGGCCGCCUCAACGAGCCAAGAAUCAUGCUGUGGGACAGGCUGUGAAGCAGACAGUGAUCUCCCAGACUGGAUGCGCAGCAGGGGUGCUUUUGGAGCCCUCCACCCCAGCGGUGAGGCUCCUGCCAAGGGUGCAAAGCAGCUGGCCAGAUCAGGCGCUCGUCCUCCUGGACUGCAGGAAGAGCGGCAGGGCAUCAGCAAAGAGGAGGCAGAGUUUCUACUGGAUGAGUGGGAGAGCGAGGGAGAAGACUGUGGCAGCAAAAGGAAAGCAAAUGGGUAUGCUAGCAUCGACAGCAGCAGCGAUGAGGAUGGGACGGACACAGAGGAAGAGGAGACGCCAAAGAGGAGGCAGGUCUACUUCUGCAGCAGGACACAUUCGCAGCUGAGCCAAUUUGUGAGCGAGCUGCAUCGGACACCCUUUGCAGCCUCCUUCUCGGUUGCCACUGUGGCAUCUAGAAAGGCACUGUGCAUCAACGACAGUGUGCAGCGUCUGGGCAACGCCACGCGCAUCAACGAAAAGUGCUUGGAUCUGCAAUCUGGGAAGGGCCGGAAGAAAGUGGUCACAGAGGCGCAGGGCAACACAAAGGCCUCCUCCAAAUCCCAUUCCGGCUGCCCAUUCCGCAAAGCGAACAUGACCUCACAGCGACAGCUGAAGGACACAGUGCUGGCGAUGCCCAUGGAUGUGGAGGACAUGGCACGGCUGGGGAGGCGCAAGGAGUUGUGCCCCUACUAUGCUGCGCGCGCUGCACUGCCAGAGGCAGACCUCGUGCUGCUGCCCUACCCCGCCCUGCUCCUCAAGGAGACGAGGGAGUCCCUGGGAGUGCGUCUGGAGGGCAAUGUCGUGGUGGUAGAUGAGGCCCACAACCUGGUGGACGCUGUGAACAAUGUGCACAGCGCACUCAUCACAGCACAGCAGCUAGCCACUGCACACAGCGCUCUGGAAAGCUACUAUCAGCGUUUCCGCGCUCUGCUGGCACCUGGGAACAGCAAGCACAUCCAGACCCUCAUGUGCCUGGCAUCAACGCUUCAGAAGUGCUGGAACAGACCCAGUGGAGCUGCGGGAACGAGGCUGGACACGGUCAACGACUUCCUCUUUUCCAUGGAACUGGACAACAUGAACUUCUUCCGGCUCAUCAGGUACAUCAAGGAGAGCAAGGUCCUGGUGAAGAUUGCAGGCUAUGCAGAUGCUACAAGUGCCAGGGCCGGUGAUGAGGUCACCCCAAAUGCCACAGAUGGCCAGACGCAGUCCGAUGGAGGUUCUGGCAUGUCGUCGCUGCAUGCGCUGGUGGGCUUGGCCUCUGCGCUGAACAACGCUGACGCAGACGGCCGCAUCAUCGUGGACACAGCGGCCAAGACCCUCAAGUUUGUCCUGCUCAACGCCGGCGCACACUUUGUGCAGGUGCUGGCUUCGGCGCAUGCGGUGGUGCUGGCAUCAGGCACUCUGGCGCCUGUGUCGUCGCUGAAGCAGCAGCUCUUCCCUGGAUUGCCUGCCACGCAGCUGCACCAGUUCAGCUGUGGCCAUGUGGUUCCAAAGGAGCGCCUGUUGGCUGUGGCACUGGGCCGAGGCCCCACAGGUGCCACGCUGGACCUGCGCCACGAGCAGCGCGCACAAUCCAGCAGCAUGGACGAGAUUGGCACGCUCCUCACCAACAUCUGUCAGGCCGUCCCUCAGGGCGUGGUGGCGUUUUUCCCUUCGUUUGCAUAUGCGGACGCAGUGUAUGCGCACUGGCAAUCCUCGGGCGCUCUGGCUGCACUGAGGUCGAAGAAGCACGUGUUCCGGGAACCCCGCUCCUCUGUGGAGGUUGAGGCUGUGCUCAGGCAAGUCUCAAGCCUUUAUCAUAUAGCACACCUUGCACAGAUGGAGAAAGGUCCCAGUGGAGCCCUCCUGUUGUGUGUGGUUGGUGGAAAGAUGUCGGAGGGCAUCAACUUUGCCGAUGGCAUGGGCAGGUGUGUUGUCAUGGUGGGCAUGCCUUUCCCCAAUCCCACAGAUCCUGAGCUGUGUGAGAGGAUGCGCUUCAUGGACACAUGCGCAGCCAGCACCCCAGCGGCUUGCACAGAUACCUCCUCAGCAGCAGGCGAUGGUGUAGCGCCAAUUUCUGCCAGUUCACCAGGCCGUGAAUAUUUCGAGGACCUGUGCAUGAAGGCGGUGAAUCAGUGCAUCGGCCGCGUGAUCCGCCACCGUGGCGACUGGGCCGCCAUUCUUCUUGCAGAUGUCCGAUGGACUGCAGGUGGCGCGAACAAACCACUGCGCAAACUCCCUGGCUGGAUCCAGGAGUCCCUUGUGGUGGCAAGCGGAUUUGGAGAUGCGUACAGCAGGAUCAGGCGAUUUGUGCGCAGCAUGUGA